GCGGGCAAUGGGCAGGCCCAGGGUCUGGGAGGGGAAGGCUAGGGGACACGGGAGAACAGGACCAUGGGUGCCUGCUGCUCCAGAAACCACCGCAACGUGGAAGACUCUAAGGCCAGAGAGAAGCUGAAGAAAACCAAAAUCAUCUUUGUGGUGGGAGGGCCCGGCUCAGGGAAGGGCACCCAGUGUGAGAAGAUUGUGCAGAAGUACGGCUACACCCACCUCUCCACCGGGGACCUCCUGAGGGCCGAGGUCAGCUCAGGCUCGGCCAGGGGCAAGAUGCUGUCGGAAAUCAUGGAGAAGGGGCAGCUGGUGCCACUGGAGACAGUGCUGGACAUGCUCCGAGAUGCCAUGGUGGCCAAGGUAGAUACUUCCAAAGGCUUCCUGAUCGAUGGCUACCCUCGGGAGGUACAGCAGGGAGAGGAGUUUGAGCGGAGGAUUGGACAGCCCACGCUGCUGCUGUAUGUGGACGCAGGCCCAGAGACCAUGACCCAGCGGCUCCUGAAGCGUGGAGAGACCAGCGGGCGAGUGGAUGACAAUGAGGAGACCAUCAAGAAGCGGUUGGAGACCUACUACAAGGCCACAGAACCUGUCAUUGCCUUUUAUGAGAAACGUGGCAUCGUACGCAAGGUCAAUGCUGAAGGCUCCGUGGACAAUGUCUUCUCCCAAGUCUGCACCCACCUGGAUGCCCUCAAGUAGCAGUCCCAGAGCCCCUUCCCCAGCCGAGCCCCGCCCCACCCCUGUCCUGCCUGAGGCUGUCCUGGCCUGGGCUCAGCGCCUCCACCCUGCCCGGCUGGAGCACAGACAGAGGAAGCCACUUUAUCCUGUUUUCAUGGACAGCCAAGCACUAAAGGAAUUUCCAAGGACAUUCGGUCUUAUUCCUUUUUCUUUGCUUUCACUGGAGUUGAUCCACACGGGAUGGCCUCUCCUAGUCCCUCACCCUCCCGGGCUCCCUCGGGCCCCUCAGCCCACCUUGGCCAGCU